AUGACCAACUACGAGCAGAUCGCCAAGGAGGCCGAGAUGGACCUUAACACCUACCAGGCCAAGACCGGCAACGCUCGUCCUCAGGACGUUGAGGGCGCUGGUGUUAACCCCCACGCUGAGAACAAGUUUGAGAGCGCUCAGGUUGAGUUUGGCGAUGAGCUGAGCACAAACGCUGGCUACAACAAGCGCAUUCCCCCCAGCGAGGGUGGCAUCGUCGACGACAAGGGCCGACAAGCCCGUGGUCAGCACUACGAGGGUGAGGGCGGUCCUCUCGACAAGCUCGCCAAGGCCAACGACGAGCGCGGCGGCCACAACGACAACGAUGUUGUCGGCGCCAACGUCACGAAGACUUCCGGCCUCGGAGCCGCUGACGAUCUCGCCUCCAAGGGCCAGGAAGCUCAGCGCGCAAACGUAGGUCGCAACCCUCCCGGCCCAGGUGGCUCUCAAUUCAAGGGCGAGGACUACUACCAGCCUGAGAGUGUUCCUGACAGCAUCUCUGCUGAGGGUAACAUUGCUCCCGACACAACAUUGCAAUUACAACCUCAACCUUUCCUCGCAAAACGUGAUGUCGUGUGUGCUCUCAAGGCUGAUACAAGAGUGCUGAUUGUCGCCGCCAUGUCCGGUAUCUCACCGUCUGCCUCUGGAUUACUCCCUAUGCCAGGCGCGCCUUCGUCAUCUUGGGCUGCGUACAAAGCGAGAGCUGCAGCUAUCAUGGGCCAUCAUGACACGAAGGUGAUUGUAGCCUUUUGGCUUUUUGGCCUCAUCAAUAAUGUCCUCUACGUGAUCAUCCUCUCCGCUGCCCAAGACCUCGUCGGUUCCAUCCCCAAAGGCGUCGUCCUCCUCGCCGAUGUCGUUCCCUCGUUCCUCACCAAGUUGAUCGCACCGUACUUCAUCCACCGAAUACCGUAUCGCAUGCGAGUCCUCAUCUUUAUAGUGCUGUCCGUGGUUGGCAUGCUCAUGGUAGCCCUAACACCACGCACGCAGUCCGUCGCCAUCAAGCUCGUCGGUGUAGUCCUCGCCAGUAUAAGCGCUGGCGGCGGUGAGUUGAGCUUCCUUGGCUUGACGCACUUCUACGGCCCGAUGAGUCUCGCGGGCUGGGGAUCUGGGACUGGUGCUGCGGGUUUGGUCGGUGCAGGUCUCUACGUGAUGUUUACGGAUUGGUGGGGAUUGAGCGUGCGUAGCAGUUUGCUAAUCUCGGCGUGUUUCCCUGCGAUUAUGUUCAUCAGCUUCUUUGUGAUCUUGCCGCUUGGACCUCUGAGGGACGGCACGAUUCGGAAAGACUACGAUGCGAUCCCGGAUCUCGAGGAUGAGGACGUGAACCACAUGGAUCAAGGCACUGCUUCGUCGGCGCUCUUGGCUCCUGGGCCUGGAGUCGCAUCGACUGCAUACUCUGCACAUAACACGCAAGACACACUCACGAUGCGAGACAGGUUGAAGAAAGUGAAGGUGUUGUUUGUCCCAUACAUGCUCCCGCUGCUACUGGUGUACGUGGCUGAGUACACAAUCAACCAAGGCGUUGCUCCAACAUUGCUGUUCCCCCUGGACGAAUCGCCAUUCGACGACUUUCGGGAUUUCUACCCCAUGUACGGGUUCCUCUAUCAACUCGGCGUCUUUAUCUCCCGAUCAUCUACGCCAUUUAUACGUAUCCACCAUUUAUACCUCCCCUCGAUGCUGCAAGUCGCAAACCUUGUUCUUCUCACAUUCCACGCCGUAUACUUCUUCCUCCCAUCAGUCUACAUCGUCUUUAUCAUAAUAUUCUGGGAAGGCUUGCUAGGGGGAGGUGUCUACGUCAACUGCUUCGCCGAGAUCAUGGAGAACGUGCCACCUGAGGAUAGAGAAUUUAGUCUUGGGGCAACGACUGUCAGCGACAGUGGUGGAAUCUCUAUCGCCGGACUUAUUAGUAUCGUGAUGGAGACGAAGCUUUGUAAUUAUCAAGUGGCGCACGGAAGGGAUUGGUGCCGUCGUAUUUCUGCACAGGGUCAUUGA